UUCAGGAUGGGGUUUUAGAAGCGCACACAGUGAAGAGAAAACAUGGGACAAACUCAGCACCUUGAGAAAACCGAACACACGGAGAUUGACGUCAUUACGCUUCAGGACAUGUAUAAAAAGUUUGUAAACGAGUGCCCUAGCGGCCUUUUGUUUCUGCAUGAAUUUAAGAAGUUCUUCGGCGUGGGAUCCUCCGGGGAAGCAUCGGAGUACGCAGAGAGUAUGUUUCGAGCCUUUGAUAAGAACGGGGACAACACUAUUGACUUCCUGGAGUUUGUGGCUGCUCUGAAUUUGGUGUUCAGGGGAGAUUUAGAGCACAAGCUGAGAUGGUCCUUCAAAGUGUACGACAAGGACGGCAACGGCUUUAUAGACAAAGCUGAACUCAGAGCCAUUGUUGAAAUCAUACAUCAUGUCAGGAAAGUAGGCAGGAAAGAUCCCGAGGUGUCUCCUGAUGAAAUCUGUGAAAGAAUCUUCAAAGUGGUCGACGUGGAUGACGACGGUCAGAUUACCCUGGAGGAGUUUUUAGCAGGAGCUCAGAAAGAUCCAUGGAUCCUGAACCUGUUGCGUUUAGACAUGAAUCCCUACAGCUGGGUGGUGGAACAGAGAAGGAAAAGCGCUCAUUUCUGACAUGAAAACGUCUCCACUGGAAAUUCACAGUAUCAGAUGGAUCCUGAGUUGUUAUUGUACUAGAUUCAUUAGUUUCACAACCGAUACUACAAAUAUAUAUAAUUACAAAAUUAUCUAAGGAU